AUGCGAGGAUGCCUGCAGUUAGCCAGAUGGCUGAGCGCAGCACCGAAAGGCACCGCUGCAAGCCUGACCAGGGCGCCAUUUGGCCUUGCUAACGCAACUCGGUUUUUCACCAAUUCCGCUGCGCGCGCCGGCUCAAGAGCCACUGCCAGCAAACCGGUAACCGAUCUCGAGAACAGAAUAUCCGCGAUUCCGAUCGAGCGCUACCGCAAUUUCUGCAUCGUCGCCCACGUUGAUCAUGGCAAAAGCACCCUUUCCGACCGGCUGCUCGAACUGACGGGCACCAUCCAGCCCGGUUCGAACAAGCAAGUCCUGGACAAACUCGAUGUCGAACGAGAACGCGGCAUCACUGUGAAGGCACAGACGUGUACUAUGAUAUAUAACCACAACGGCGAAGACUACUUGUUGCAUCUGGUUGAUACCCCGGGACAUGUGGACUUCCGCGCGGAGGUCUCGCGCAGUUAUGCCAGCUGCGGAGGAGCACUGCUCUUGGUCGACGCCAGUCAGGGAGUCCAGGCACAGACGGUUGCGAACUUUUAUCUUGCUUUUGCACAGGGAUUAGAAUUGAUCCCCGUCAUCAACAAGGUGGAUCUACCGUCGGCUGAGCCACAGCGGGCUUUAGACCAGAUGAAGCAUACCUUUGAGCUUGAUACAGAAAACGCAGUCAUGGUUUCGGCCAAGACAGGACUCAAUGUCGAGCAGUUGCUUCCGACAGUUGUUGACAAGAUUCCUGCGCCGAUCGGCGAUUGCAAGAAACCCCUCCGAAUGUUACUCGUUGAUUCCUGGUAUGAUUCCUACAAGGGUGUUAUCUGUUUGGUUCGUAUCUUCGACGGCGAACUGCGGGCUGGCCAGCAAGUUGUGUCAUUUGCCACGGGUCUCAAAUACUAUGUGGGAGAAGUAGGAAUUAUGUAUCCGAACGAGACAGCGCAGAGCGUGAUCCGUGCUGGUCAAGUCGGUUAUAUCUAUUUCAACCCCGGCAUGAAACGGAGCCAGGAAGCGAAAAUUGGCGACACAUUUACAAAGGUCGGCUCGGAGAAAGCUGUGCAGCCCCUUCCAGGCUUCGAAGAGCCGAAGGCAAUGGUCUUUGUCGCCGCUUAUCCUGUGGAUGCGGACCAUUUCGAGCAUCUGGAAGACAGUAUCAACCAGCUUGUGCUCAAUGAUAGAAGUAUCACGGUUCAGAAGGAGUCCUCGGAGGCCCUUGGUGCAGGCUUCAGACUCGGAUUCCUUGGGACCUUGCAUUGUUCGGUCUUCGAGGAUCGUCUGCGUCAGGAACACGGCGCCAGUAUCAUCAUCACUCCCCCUUCAGUGCCUGUGAAGGUCAUUUGGACGGACGGCAAAGAGGAAAUCAUCACGAGCCCAGUCCGUUUCCCAGAUGAUGAGGAAGUGCGUAACAAGAUCGCAGAGAUUCAAGAGCCGUAUGUCCUGGCCACAUUGACAUUCCCAGAAGAAUAUCUUGGCAAAGUGAUCGAACUUUGCGAGGCCAAUCGGGGUGAGCAGAAGACUCUCGAGUAUUUCACAGCAACCCAGGUCAUUCUCAAGUAUGAGCUGCCUCUUGCGCAAUUGGUUGACGACUUCUUUGGAAAGCUGAAAGGGUCUACCAAAGGAUAUGCCAGCUUGGACUAUGAAGAAUCCGCGUGGCAACCGGGACAUAUCGUCAAGCUGCAACUCUUGGUCAACAAGGCACCGGUCGAUGCUGUUGCGCGCAUCAUGCAUUCGAGCCAAGUCGAUAGGCUCGCAAGACAAUGGGUAACCAAGUUCAAACAACACGUCGAUCGACAGCUGUUCGAAGUCGUGAUCCAGGCUGCUGUCGGUCGCAAGGUCAUCGCACGAGAGACGGUCAAGCCGUACCGGAAGGAUGUCUUGGCGAAGCUACAUGCUAGUGAUGUGAGUCGGCGCCGGAAACUGCUCGAGAAGCAGAAAGAAGGACGAAAGAGGCUCCGGGCAGUUGGGAACGUGGUGAUUGAGCACAAGGCAUUCCAGGCUUUUCUCGCGAAAUAG